AUGGAAUCGGUGGGAGACGACGAAGCACAUCCGUACACUCGAAACGACGUCAUCGAUGACGACGACCACGACGCAGACCCUCCGGUUCUGAGCUCUUUUGCUCUGGAAGCACUGAAAGAGUUCCUCUCCGAACAAAACCGCACACUCAACGCCGACUACAGCACCGACGGCGCUUCGGAGGAGAAGGAAUCGGUGGCGCUAUUGGCGGAGGAUUGGCGUCUCAGCCAGUUCUGGUACGACCGCCGCACCGCUGAGACCGUUGCCGAAGAAGUUCUCACUCUCUGCCAGACGUUAGAUUCCCCCAAGGUCGCUUGCAUCGCUUGCCCCACACUUUACGCCUAUCUCAAGAAAAUUAAUCCUACCGUAUCUGUGCAACUUCUUGAAUAUGACAAUCGUUUUGAGCAAUAUGGAAGUGAGUUCACCUUCUACGACUAUAACCAACCAGAAGAUCUUCCGUCAUCGAUGAAAAAUGCGUAUCAAAUAGUUGUUGCAGACCCGCCAUACCUGAGCAAGGAGUGCUUGGAGAAAGUUGCUCAAACAAUUUCUUUUCUUGGGCAGCCAGGAGAAUUAUACUUGCUUCUACUCACAGGAGAGGUACAAAAGGACAGGGCUGCAGAGCUCCUGGGGUUGCGUCCAUGUGGUUUUCAGCCUCAGCACUUAAGCAAACUGGGCAAUGAGUUCCGACUGUUUACAAACUAUGACCCCACACUGAGAUUAGGAGGUUGGGAAUAA